AUGAUGGAUAGUGUUUCUCCGUUUCUGGAUUACUACAGCAAAGUUUUUGAUUUCCUACAUCAUAUUUACAGAAAUAUGUUGUCUCAAAAUUCCUCUCCCAAUAUGAAUCGCAAUAGCUUAAUGUUGAGCGUGGCUUUAGGUUGGUUGUUUGAGAUUCCUGUUAUUCCAGAAACGAUGUUCACGAAUUUUUCCGAGAGGAUGUCCUGUGAUUCUGAAUUGAGAAAUUCGACCUCGGCAUUGGAUAAGAUGAACUUGGUUGACCAACAUCUUUUAUAUACAUGCUGUCCCUACCGUUGUGAACUAUCAAUCUAA